UAAACAAGGAGAGAGAUCAACGGAGAGACAUCCAGCUUCAAAUCACCAUGGCAGUAACUUCUUUUGAGAGGGCUGGGGUUGUACUACUUCCCAGUUUACUACUAAAGCUGGGGAUUCGGAUUAAAGAUCUAAAGCAGUCGGGCUAAAGAGAAAGAAACUCCGUCGAUACUUUACCAGUUUACUACUAAAGCUUCGGAUUCGGAUUAAAGAUCUAAAGCAGUCAGGCUAAAAGGAAAGAAACUCCGUCGAAGCUGAAAGCUCACCGCGUUGGGAGUGGGGGAAGGGUGGGAGAGUCUAUUCACCCCACCGUUGCUUCUCGUCUAGGAAACACCCAUUUAGAGUUCAGAAAACGACUUCUAAACUGCGCACCACCAUACCCCCUCCUAUGAGUAGUCCAUUGUCUCCUAAUUCUCCACUGCUUCAGUUCAAGAAUACUGCUGCGACUAGACGGAAAGAUCAAAGACGAGGGUUUCACUGAUUGAUUUCGUAGGACUUCACUGUUGUUGCAGUAGUAAUAAACCUUUGAGUCAAAAUCCUAGAAACCCACUUGUGUCACUCACCCCUCGUACUCUCUCAACACAUAUAGUACCGUCAUUACUGAAUUAGUAGUAAAAGCUAAAAAUAGUACUCCUCCAUUUGUUAGCAAGCCAAUUAGAAUAGGCUGGCAAAGAUGCGUAGCAUGGCGAGUUCCCCCUCCUCCAAAGGCAUCGCCGCCAUUGUGGGCGUCGGACCCAAGCUCGGCCUCUCCAUCGCCCGCAAGUUCGCCCGCGAAGGCUACACCCUUGCCAUCCUCUCCAGUGACUUAGGGAGACUGUCGAGAUUUGCGGAUGAGAUAGCGAGGGAUGAAAAGGCUCGAGUGUUUGCGAUUCGAAUUGAUUGCUCGGACACGAAAAGUAUAAGGGAGGCAUUCGAGGGGGUUCUGUCUUUAGGUUUCGUGGAGGUGUUGGUGUACAAUGCGUACCAUCCCAUGUCUUGGCCUCCCACUAACUUCGCCGACAUGAGAGUCCAACAUUUUGAGAAGUCCAUCGCCGUUUCCUCCGUCGGCGCCUUCCACUGUGCCCAACAGGUACUGCCGGGCAUGGUGGAUAGAGGCCGAGGGACGAUUCUCUUUACGGGCUGUUUUGCUUCCCUUAAUGGAAUAGCCGGUUACUCGGAAUUAUGUUGCGGGAAGUUUGCAUUGAGAGCCUUAUCGCAGUGUCUGGCUAGAGAGUUUCAACCUCAGGGUGUACACGUGGCACAUGUCAUCAUAGACGGCUAUAUCGGCGUACCUCGGGCAGCAACGUCAUCAACUUCACAACAAAGAUCAAAGGGGGUUGGGGAACAACAAGAGCAGCAGCAGCAGCAGCAGAUUGGUAUCGGAGGAGGGGAAGAGAUUAUGGACCCAGACGUGCUGGCUCAAACCUAUUGGCAAUUGCACAUUCAAGACCGAUCCGCUUGGACCCAAGAGAUCGACCUCCGUCCCUCAAACUCUAGUCUUUUCUGAAUGAAAUGAAAUUAAGAGCGCGUCCCUACUACUACUGUCUUCCAUCGAUUAAUCAUUACAACAUUACUCUCCCGCUCUUUCAACAAGUCUUCACUUCCUGUCCUGUUUACUUGCGUCGACAUGCAUGCGUACAGGAUUUCAAGUUGCAAAUGAUAGGAGCAGCUGUCGCCCUUUUCUGCUAUAAAAGUGAGCGCAGGCUCAUAUAAUUUUUGGGGCUGCUUUCGUGUGACGGUGACGUUUUAGUAGUGCUGGUCCUAAUUUAGUUCCUGCUUAUUUUUAGAAUUAAUUUUUUUAUAUACUGACAACAUAUAUACAUUAGCAUUAGA